CGCCGAGCACAUCAUCGGGCAUCCAGAACUCCUUUCCCAUCAGGCUCUCGGCCUAGGUCCACCGAGUCCUCUGCGCGCGGGGCCCUGCGGGAUCGAAAGGGCGGAGGGCGGCUGUACCUCAGUGUUUCAGAGGAGGGGAACUACAAUUCCCAGAAGGCUGUGCGGUAGAGAGCCGCGGGCGGCCUUUGGAGGGGCUCCACUGGUUUCGGCUCUGUUGGGUUUGUCCCAGCCGGAUGUAGUGUCCUGGCCUGCCGGGAGGGGCGGCCCAGUGGGGGUCGUGCCUCCUGGAGCCGCCCCCGGGACGUGAGUCCUGGAGGAGGCGAGGGUUGCUCCAGUUGUUGAGAAGACUAUGAACAGGUCAGAGAACUUGCUCGUUACUGGUUCCUCGUUAGCGUCCCAAGUUCACGCUGCCGCUAUUAAUGGAGAUAAGGGUGCUCUUCACAGGCUCAUCAUAGGAAACUCUUCCGUUAAAGACAAAGAAGAUCAAUUUGGAAGAACACCACUUAUGUAUUGUGUGUUGGCUGACAGACUGGAUUGUGCAGAUGCACUCUUGAAGGCAGGAGCAGAUGUUAAUAAAACUGACCAUAGCCAGAGAACAGCCCUCCAUCUUGCAGCUCAAAAGGGAAAUUAUCGUUUCAUGAAACUCUUACUGACACGCAGAGCAAACUGGAUGCAGAAGGAUCUGGAAGAGAUGACUCCUCUGCACUUGACCACCCGGCACAAGAGCCCGAAGUGUUUGGCGCUUCUGCUGAAGUUUAUGGCACCAGGAGAAGUGGACACACAGGAUAAAAACAAGCAAACAGCUCUGCAUUGGAGUGCCUACUACAAUAACCCCGAGCACGUGAAGCUGCUUAUCAAGCAUGAUUCCAACAUCGGGAUUCCUGAUGUCGAAGGCAAGAUCCCACUUCACUGGGCAGCCAACCACAAAGAUCCGAGCGCCGUUCAUACAGUGCGAUGCAUUCUGGAUGCUGCUCCAACGGAGUCUCUACUGAACUGGCAAGACUACGAGGGUCGGACACCUCUUCACUUUGCAGUCGCUGAUGGGAAUGUGACCGUGGUUGAUGUCUUGACCUCAUACGAGAGCUGCAACAUAACGUCUUACGAUAACUUGUUUCGAACCCCACUUCACUGGGCAGCUCUACUAGGCCAUGCGCAGAUUGUCCAUCUCCUUUUAGAAAGAAAUAAGUCUGGAACCAUCCCAUCUGACAGCCAAGGAGCAACACCCUUGCACUAUGCAGCUCAGAGUAACUUUGCUGAAACAGUUAAGGUGUUUUUAAAACAUCCUUCAGUGAAAGAUGAUUCAGACCUGGAAGGAAGAACAUCCUUUAUGUGGGCUUCUGGGAAAGGCAGUGAUGAUGUCCUUAGGACUAUGCUGAGUUUAAAAUCUGACAUUGAUAUUAACAUGGCAGACAAAUAUGGAGGCACAGCUUUACAUGCUGCUGCCCUUUCUGGCCAUGUCAGCACCGUGAAGUUAUUGUUGGAAAAUAAUGCUCAAGUGGAUGCUACUGAUGUCAUGAAACAUACUCCACUUUUCCGAGCCUGUGAGAUGGGACACAAAGAUGUGAUUCAGACACUUAUUAAAGGUGGAGCAAGGGUAGAUCUAGUUGACCAAGAUGGACAUUCUCUUCUACAUUGGGCAGCACUGGGAGGAAAUGCUGAUGUUUGCCAGAUAUUGAUAGAAAAUAAGAUCAAUCCAAAUGUGCAAGAUUAUGCAGGAAGGACACCUUUGCAGUGUGCUGCGUAUGGGGGCUAUAUCAACUGCAUGGCAGUGCUCAUGGAAAACAAUGCAGACCCGAACAUCCAAGACAAGGAGGGAAGAACAGCUUUGCACUGGUCCUGUAACAAUGGAUAUCUUGAUGCCAUUAAAUUACUACUAGACUUUGCUGCUUUCCCAAAUCAGAUGGAAAAUAAUGAAGAGAGGUACACUCCCCUGGACUACGCUUUGCUUGGUGAGCGCCAUGAAGUGAUCCAGUUCAUGCUGGAGCACGGUGCCCUGUCCAUCGCCGCUAUACAAGACAUUGCUGCCUUCAAGAUCCAGGCCGUCUACAAAGGGUACAAGGUCAGAAAAGCUUUCCGAGACCGGAAGAAUCUCCUCAUGAAGCAUGAACAGUUGAGAAAAGAUGCUGCUGCCAAGAAGCGGGAGGAGGAAAACAAGCGAAGAGAGGCAGAACAGCAGAAGGGAAGGCUGAGCCCAGAUUGCUGCAGACCCCAAGCCCCUCCCUGUCUGCCCAGCACCCAGGCUGAGCCCCGCGAGCAGAGCGGGGCCCCCAGCAAACAGCCUCCCACCAGCGACGUGGCCCAGGGCCCUGAGCAGAGAGCCUGCAGAGAGUCUCCAGGCAGAGGGUCUCCAAGCAGAGCUCCCCAAAAGGAGCAGCAUCUUUCCCCAGACGUGCAGGGAACAGACCCCAGAAAGCCAAAUGAAACAUCCAGAGAACAUUCUAAAGGCCGAUCAGCCAGUGUCCACUUCAGCCCCAAUGAAGGCAACAAUGGAAACAGGCAUCCAGGAGUGUCCUCUGUUGAGAAAUCCAGAGGUGAGACAGUUGGCGAGCAGCGGUGUGACAAAGGGAAAGGCUUCUGGAAGCAGCCCUCCUGCAUCAGGGGGGCUGGGCCUGAGGAGAAAGGAGAGGACCUCAGUGGGGCAGCUGCAAGCCUUCUACAGCAGGAUGGCCACAGGAAGCCUGGUCAGCGGCACAACACGGCACCCAAGGCCAAAGGUACCUCCCAGAAAAGGCGCAUGCAAGAGCUCAGAGGAGGAAGGUGCUCCCCGGCUGGUUCUAGCCGGCCUGGCAGUGCCAAGGGGGAGGUGGUCCAUGCCGGGCAGAAUCCUCUCCACCAUCGGACACCAAGAAACAAAGUGACACAGGACAAGCUCACAGGAGGGAUCUACUCAGAUUCGCUACAGAGCACAGAGGUGUUGAGGUCAGGAGUCAGGAAGCUGGGGACAUCCACCCUGUCUGAGGAUGCUCAGAUAUCUAAGGAGACUGAUCCAGCACCUGGUCCCCUCUCUGCGCAGAGCGUGAAUAUUGACCUUCUCCCCCUAGAGCUGCGGCUGCAGAUAAUCCAGAGAGAAAGAAGCAGGAAAGAGCUGUUUCGCAGAAAGAACAAGGCAGCAGCAGUCAUCCAGCGGGCCUGGAGAAGUUACCAGCUCAGGAAGCACCUGUCCCACCUUCUGCAUAUGAAGCAGCUUGGAGCCAGAAAUAUGGACAGAUGGAACCAAGAGUGCAUGGCAUUGCUCCUCCAGGUUUGGAGGAAGGAACUGAAGCUAAAACCCCCAAAGACCAUCGCAGUAAGCAGGACCACCAAGAAUCCAUCCAAGGGCGUCUUGGGCACAAAGUCCACCAGGCACUCAGUGCUCAAGCAGAUCUAUGGUUGUUCUCAAGAAGGGAAAGUACAUCAUCCCACAAGAUCUUCAAAAGCCCAUUCUGUGCUGCAUCUCAACUCAGGAGGAGCAGGGAGCCAGCUGGAUGUAGCAAAGGAACAGCCUCCUUGGACUGUUUCUCUACACGCAUCCUGGAGAAAGUUCAACUAUCCCUGCUCUCUCCAGUCCUCUACAGCCCACCCCUGUAAACCACCCACAAAGAUGAGCAGCACAGGAACGAUCAGAGAGCGUUGAGCAACUUGCAGUGUAUACACCUGUUUGAGAACAGUGGAAGAUCAAAGAAUUUUUCUUAUAACCUGCAAUCAGC